AUGAUAGGACCACAAGAACCAGUACCAGCUAUCCGUAAGCCCCCCCACCACGGCAAGCGUCCAACAAUGGACCUAGAUUUUAGGAGAUUCUUUUUUUCAGUCUUUGUAAUAUUUUUAACAAUUCUUAAUGAUUACUUGAUAAGUGCCGAUACUUAUAGCGUUAAGGUUGAGACGGAACAACAUGUUAAUUUGGUCGACAGUAAUUUUCUCAGUUUCACGAUCGAUCCGAAGUACUUGUUCUCAUCCAGUGAGAAAUACAAUACAAAAGAAUGCAUCUGCAUGGCAUCAGCUCUGACUCCAGCGUACAUUCGUAUCGCGGGGCCGUCGACCUCGCACAUGAAGUUUAAGAACACCACCAUAACCAUCGACGAGUUUGACGAGCCCAAGAAACUUAGCCUGAGUAAGCUGUUCAGAGAUGAUGAAAACGAUCGUCGCUACAAAAAGUCCAGUCUCGCCGUAACUAAUAAUCAAUGGGAGAAGUUCGUCCAAUGGGCCAAAAGCACCGGCUUCGACUUGGUGUUUGCUCUGAAUAGUGACGAAAAAACCAGCUCCGGCAUGUGGGAUCCGAACACCGCGCUCAAGAUCUUAACGGUAGCUGAUCAGUCCAAUAUCGGAGAUAUCUUCUGGCAAUUGGGCUAUGAAUGUCAUAAUCAAUCUAUAGAGGAAUACUUAAACGAUCUCGAGACACUCCGCGUGAUCAUCGAGACCUUUCCUCCCGGGAAGGCGGGGCGAUGGCAGGUAGUGGGGGGUGACGUCACACACUGCUUGCAGGCGGAUUCCAAGAGCGACUUUAAGGAUUAUGUGACAUUAUCAAAUGAUAUGCUGGAUGCUAUUUUGUUGGAUGGUAACUCGUCAUCCCAAGAACUAGAACGCAUGUCAGAUAAAGACCGGCUCAAGUUGCUCAAGCUGCUCAGCCGCAGCGACACCCCUCUCUGGCUGACUGAACACAGCCAGAUGUCAAGCGAGUUGGACAGGGCAGUCGAGUGGAUGACCAGCCUUGGAUACUCAGCGAGAAAUGGAUUCUCAGUGCAUUACAGAGAAUUAAUGGAGAAGGAACUUUAUGAACCAACUUUGAGUUUCUACAUGGCCCUCCUGUACAAGAACCUGGUGGGGUCGCGCGUGCUGAGCGUGCAGCUGUCCGCGUCGAACGCGGCGCUGUUCGCGCACUGCGCGGCGGCGCGGGGCGGGCGGGCGCGCGGGGCGCUCGCGCUGUACGGCGCCAAUCUCGGCGCCGAGCCCGCCCGCCUGGCCGUGCGCCUGAACGCGCGCGAGGACGGCGGCGACGUUAUGCAGUUCAUAUUGGGACACGAUCACAGCGGGAAUAUAGUAGUGAAUAAUCGAGCCAUGUAUUACGAAGGAGACAUUCGUCCGGUGGUCAAACGGGUUCGUCCUUAUAAGACGCUCCUCCUUAACCUGCCACCAAAAUCUUUUGGGUUUUGGGUACUAGCUAACACGAAAGUUAAGGCUUGCUAUGAUUUUGACGACAAAAAAAAUAACAAGCUAACUUCAACUCCGCCUGUUGAUACGACGGAUAAUGAAGAAAGUAAUUUCAUAAGAAAAAAACGUUCAGUAGAUGCAAAUACGAAUGAUUUUAAUUCAACACAAAAACAUCAAGAUGAGUUUGUCGAGUUUAUUGAUGGGCCUGAAGGCCAUGAAGUUGGUAAAGAAAAUAAAGCUUUGCAAGAAAGAAUUGAUGAGAUUAAUAAAGAUUUAAGAAAUGUACAAAGAAUCUUUCAAGCUAAUUUAAAAAGAAAUAAAAUUCCAGUGCGCGUUAGGCGUGAAACAUUCCAUGAUGAAGAAUCUAAAAAACCUAAAAGAUAUAAUAUUAAGACAAAAUACAGUUUAGGAGAUAAGACGUUGAAACACAACAUCAUACAAAAGCUGUCAAGGUUUUCAAAAGAUCACAUUUCAAGAAUAAAAAAUAAAUCAAAGUCAUCGCUUAAUAAUAUAAGACAUUAUAGAAACAAAUCGAAAAGAAAUUUAAAAGGAACAAAAACGACACAGAAAAAUGCGAAUGAAAUAGUCGAACCGAAUAUUUCAACAUCAGAUUUUAAAUCAGGCUCAAAUAAUAUAAUUGUGAGAAAACGUAGGAAUGUAAAAGAUAAAUUAUUAAAAAUGUACGAAGGAGAUUCAGCCGAGAACGAGAUAUCUGACGACAGUAAAGAAACUUCUAGAUUUACUAAGAUCCUCCAUAAAAUUAAACAGAUUAGUGACUUACCAUUAGAAAUACAAGAUAAAGAUCUUAACGAUGAUUACGAUUUAAAUUCCGCUGAAGGAAUCGUUUUAAAGACUAAAGUAUCGGACGACAGUGCCACUAUAGAUAUAAGCGAUAAAUCCCACACUGGACUUCUUAAAUCAACACUCGAGGAUAUUCUAUCUUUGCUAGCUGAUUUUAAUAAAAAUAUUAACAGAUUUUGGUCAGCUAUUACGAUAUUAGAGUAAUUUUAAAAUGUCGUAGAGACUAGAAAAUGGUGUACCUGUUUUCCAUAUUUCUGUGUUGUAAGCGUUUUCCAGUUGUGUAGUGUUUCAUUUAUGGCACCAACUUGAGGAGCCGACAAUGUUAGUAAAUAUUUAACAUCAAUAUAUUCCAGUCAAACGGUAUUUUGGCCAGGAAAAUAUGUUUUUUGGGUGUUCUAGCAGCCAAAACGUUAUAUUAGCCAAAUCAAAAAAUACAAUUGAAGGUGAAAAAUUAAAAUUUGGAUUUAGCAUCCAAAAGAUUGGUAGGAUAUUAAAACAUUUCCUGCUAUACAUCUUUUAACUCUUUAUUAAAGAUAUGGAUUGAAAUGGUUUAUAAGCCUUAUUUAAUUUGGAAAUUUGUGUAUUUUUAAGUGUAAAUUGUGUAAAUAAAGAUAAAUUAUACAUACCUUCUCUUUAUUGCACAUCUGAUCUUAAUGUAAUAAUUUUUUGGAUUAGAAAAUGUUCUCAUGAAAAUUUAUGUUUUAACAACGAAGUGGUCAAACGGUUCAAUUGUUUUAGUAAUCGCCCAUUAAUAAUAUGUGCUAAUAAAUUUUCUCUUGAGUAUUUGUUGUAUUUGUUGUUUGACUAUGUACUUUUGUUAUUAUUUAUUUAGUUUUGUUAUAUAUAUAGCGGGAGUAAUAAAUAAAACAAG